AUGGACCGCUCAUUCAUAGGUUCAACCAUUUACCUCAUCUCGCACUCAGACAUUCGUUACGAGGGCGUCCUGGUGAACAUCGACCCGGUGGAGAGCACGCUGACGUUACAAAAUGUGCGAUCGUUCGGGACGGAGGGACGACGAACGAAUGGAGUGCAGAUUCCGCCAAGCGUGGAAGUGUACGAGUGCAUCACGUUUAAGGGGGAUGACAUCAAGGAUUUGGAGAUUCGCGAGGGCGGCGGCGGGGCGGCGAGAGCGGCGGCGGCGGCUCCGACUCCGGCUCCGGAGCAGCCGCAGUACGGGUACGCGCAGCCGCAGUACGGAUACGCGGGAUACCCGCCGCAGCAGUACGGAUACGCGGGGUAUCCGCCGCAGCAAUACGGUAUGCCGCAGCCAGGAUACGCGGGUUACCCUCCGCAGCAGUACGGUAUGCCGCCGCAGCAAUACGGCGCGCCCGCUUGGGGACAGCAAGCUCCCGAGCAGCCGGCAGCCCCGCCCGCGGUGCCGCCGGCUCAACCGCCGGCUCAACCGCCCGCUCCGGCCCAGCCGGCCGCGCCGGUCGCCACCGCCCCGCCGAAGAACCCUUGGGGUAACCCGAACGCAGCCAAACCGGCGCAGACUGAGGGCGUGAUCCUUCCGGCUGCUCGUAACCCUGCUCCCGCCGGCGCCGGCGUGGCUAAGACCGCCGCCACGGUUCCCGCCCCGAAAGCCCCCGCCCCGAAACCCAAGCCUACGUCCUUCGCCGCUGCCGCGCUGAACGCGCUGUCGCCGGAGGAGGCGGCCAAGCUCAAGGCAACGCCCAAGGUAAUGCAGCCGCAACAGAGUGGCGGUCGCGGUGUUCCGGCCCCAAGAGCCGGGGGACGGGGUGCGCCUGCUCCUCGCGGUGCGGCACCAGCUGUGCCCAAGGAGGCGUUCGAUUUCCAGAAGAUGUUGAAGAUGUUCAACAAGGAAAAGUUAGCCAACUCUGCCGAGGCGAAGAAGCUCACCAGCGCGGUGGCGGCCAACCCGGUGUACGUCAAGGAUGACUUCUUCGACACGAUGAGCAGCGAAGCCACCGAGAAGGCGCAGGGAGGAAACAGGGGUCGAUUCCACGAACAACGUCGCAUGGACGCCAUGACCUUUGGCUUCGAGGCGGUGAGCGCGAACCAAGCGGCGAACCGCACCGCAAAUGCGGCUACAGUCGCGGGACGAGGCGGCAGAGGCGGCAGAGGCGCUCCCACCGGCGGCCGCGGGGGUCGGGGCGGUCGUCGAUAG